AUGGCUCCCUCGUCGGUUCUACAACGGACAGGAUGGAUUAUUACGUGGUCGCUAAUGGCCUUUUUCGUCCUUUUAGUUGCUGCCACAGAAUUGAAUGACGAUGUUUCCUCCUCCUUGGUGGCUCGUUUGGAGAAAAGGGAAUUGGUGGAAGGGUCGCAUUUUUGGCCCGAGCCGUCCAAACGUAGGAAACGUGAUACCAGUGCAACUACCAGUGAGGAAAUUGCAAUAUGCAAGAAACAGGGGGAAACGUUUUUGACUGAUCUAAAAAAUGGGCAAGGCAUCGAUAAAGAGUAUGUGUUUCAAAAUGAAACCAACCAUAGCAUCCUUCUGACCUGGGCAGGUAAUGGUAUUAUUUUGGUUGGUACAACUACAGAAAUUCCUGGAUAUGCUCAUUCCUCGAAUCUUUACAUAAGCACAGAUUAUGGUAAAACUUUCCAGAAAAUAAAUAAAGUAAUUGAAGACCAUAUGAUAAAAAAGGGAAAUGGUCUGCAACGCCACCGUUUUAAUAAAAAGAAGGUUUACAUUGUAACAUAUUGUAGACCUCAUUCUUGCUUCUUCCUGACCAAUGAUGGAGGUCACCACUUCAGUAAAAGUGUUCUGGAUUUUGACUUGGACAGUGCCCUGACAUUUCACCAGAAAGAAGAAUACAUAUUAACUCUUUCACAAAAAGAGAAGACAUUGCAUGUUACACAAGAUGGUGGCAUGAGUUGGAAGAAAAUUGGAUCACGUAUUUAUUCUUAUUAUUGGUCAACUUCUGAUAAAGAUCCUCCUUAUACAAUCUAUGCUGCAUUUGAAACUACUUUUGCUAACACAAAUUACAGGGGUGGUGUAUACACGCUAAAGAAAACCAGUGGGACAUAUGAGACAUGGACUUUUCUGUUGGAAAAAGUGGUUUCUUUUGGUAUCCAAGGGAAUUUCAUGUAUGCAUCUACUUUAACAAAGGAUGGAAGUGAAAGGAAGAUGCAAAUCUCCUCAGAUGGUGGCAAAACCUGGAAUGAAGCUCAGUUAGAGACCAUCACUCAUGACAGGUUUUUCUCUAUUUUGGAUAUGUCAGAAGGCUUAGUUUUCAUGCAUGUUGAUGACCCUGGUGACACUGGUCAUGGUACUCUGUAUACUUCUGGUCAGGAUGGCAUCAUUUAUUCAGAAUCUCUUAAAAGACAUCUCUAUCCUAGUUAUGUAGAUUUCACAGACUUCUAUAAAGUGGAGUCCAUUCGUGGUGUUUACCUGGCUAGCAAGAUUCAGCAAGAUCAAAGCAUUUCAACAGUGAUUACAUUUGACAGGGGUGGAAUCUGGCAAGAGAUCCAACCUCCAGUUGAUGUUCCUUGCAAAGAACCUUCCAAGGGUUGCUUCUUACAGGUCCACAAUGUCUACAGUCGAAGAAGAGGCAUUUAUGUUGAUGUCCCAUUGAGUGUCCCAAGUGCUGUGGGUCUUAUUUUAGUUCAUGGUCAUGUGGCUAAUGCAUUGCAAAUUACUCCUCCUGAUGUUUUUGUCACUAGUGAUGGCGGUUACACAUGGCGGAAGGCCCUAUCAGGUCCUCACCAUUACCAGAUUGCUGAUAGUGGCGGUCUACUGGCGGCCAUACCUGCUGUGAAGAAUCCAAAAAUCAUCAAAUUUUCCACUGAUGAAGGACGCUGCUGGCAUGAAUAUAAAUUCACCGAUGAUAAUAUUACCUAUACAGGACUUCUCACUGAACCUGGCUCCCACUCAAUGAGUGUUAGCAUUUGGGGCUACCGUGAUGAAGACCGCAGCUGGAAAGUGUAUGUCAUCGAUUUUAGAAAUGUGAUAACAGAACAGUGUGACCAAAGUCAGUACAAGCCAUGGUUGGCACACAGUGCUCGCUGGAAGAAUACUGAAGAUACCAAAGGCUGUCUAUUGGGGACCAAAACAAUUUUUUAUCGUUUGGCAAUAGAUUCCUGGUGUUAUAAUGGUUAUAAUCACAAGAACAAAGAAAUUAGCACCACCUGCAAAUGUACAAGAGCUGAUUAUGAAUGUGAUUAUGGUUAUGAAAUUGAUUCAGUGACUAAUAGAUGUCAAAAAAGUUCCAAAAAAAGCAAAGAAAUUGAUAUUUGCAUCAGGGGACAUGAAGAAAAAAUAAUCAGUGAAGGAUAUCGGAAAAUUCCUGGUGAUAACUGUUCAAAUGAUGAUCCCACUUCAUUUCAUGCCGAUACUAAGAGAAUAAACUUGGGUAAAAUAUGUCAUUCACGAAUUGUUGUGUUUAACAUGCCAAUCUCCCAAAAAACAGCCAAUCAGAUUAUUGGUGUCAUUUUGGUAUUAGUGGUUAUUCUGGUGAUUAUCAUGUCAACCUUCUUAGUCCAUAAAUUGUGCCUACUACGAAGACACAAAGUGGUUUAUCGAUAUUCACUGCUCAGCCAAACAGAAGAAGACAUCGAUUCCCAAUUGGAAUCCGCCUUAAACAUUCAAAAACCAGUUUAUGAUGAAUGUUCAGAUGAUGAGAGUCUUGGAUAUGCAAAUUUGGCAAAAAAGAAAAUGAAUCGAUACAGAAAAUUUGAUGAUUCAGAUGAUGAUAUGCUUGAAUAA